GCGUGCGAAAAUGACAGUGUUUCGUAAACUUUUGACGGGUCGGGAUUGGUGAGCAAAUCGUGCGAAUUUUAUUAAUGAGAAAGUGGGAUUCCCCCCAUUUCGACAACUAAGGGAUUCAUUUGUGCCCACACAAGACUGGACCAUCCACACGGUAGUGAACGAACCAUGACGAGCAACGGGGACAAAUUCCUUCUGCUGCUGUGGAAGAAUUGGAUCAUCCAAAAGCGCCACUACUUUCAGACUUUCUUCGAGGUGAUAAUUCCUGUACUAUGCUGCUCGAUUCUGCUGCUACUCCGCGGUUUGGUCGAUCCGAACAUGGUGAAGGAGAGUUCUAUUUUUAGGCCGAUCUUGACAGAUGUGCUACCACCUAUACGCCAAACGAAUCCCUCUCCAAACCCACUGGAAUAUGUGCUGGCCUACUCACCGCGAAACCCGCUGCUCGAGAGCAUUGUGGCCAAUGCGGCUGAUUCGCUGAAUGUCACCUACGAGCAGUUGCCCAACGCACAAGCCCUGGAAGUCACCCUGAUGAACCGAAACAUACUAGUGGGAAUAGAAUUCGACGACCAUUUGGCGGACACAACAACUCUUCCCGAGGACAUCACUUUCUCGUUGCGAUUCCCCGCAGAGCUUAGAACAGGUUGGGGUAUUUUGUCCCAGUGGCCAACUCGGCUGUUGAUGGUCCCAUUUUCGCCACGGCUUCAAAAUCCUUUCCAGGAUGAUGGGGGUCCACCCAGCUACAUGGCGGAAGGGUUCCUUUCCGUUCAAAGUGCCCUCUCGAAGGCUAUCAUUCGUCAGCGCGAUCCCAGUGUGGACCUUGGUCCGGUUUUCAUAAACCGAUACCCCUAUCCACCGUAUUAUGACGACCCGAUUCUGCAAGCGAUGGAGGCAAUGCUGUCCCUCAUCAUUCUGCUGUCGUUUUUCUAUCCUUGCGUGGUGAUGGUGAAGCACAUCAACGUGGAGAAGGAGCUGCAGCUUAAGGAAGCGAUGAAAAUCAUGGGUCUGCCCAGCUGGUUGCACUGGAGUGCGUGGUUCGUCAAGAACAUGCUGCUGCUGAUCGUUUCCAUCUCGCUCAUCACGAUGCUGCUUUGUAUACCAAUAAACAACUCAUCCGUUCUGGAGUACUCAGACUGGACGGCGGUGUGGUUCUUCCUGUUCGUUUACUGCAUCGCGAUCGUGUGCUUCAGCUUCAUGAUGAGCGUUUUCUUCAACAAAGCCAACCUCGCCUCCGGAAUCGCCGGGUUGAUGUGGUUCGUGUUCAUGAUGCCGUUCAACGUAACCUCGCAGAACUACGACAGCUUGGGGACGGGGGAGAAGGUGGGUUUCAGCUUGUUCUUCAAUUCGGCAAUGGGAUUUGGCGUUCUAAGCACCAUGCGGAUGGAAGCGAACCAGCUGGGUAUGCGCUGGUCCAGCUUGUUCACCCCGGCUACAAUCGACGAUGGAAUGAGCGUCGGGCUGAUCAUGGUGAUGCUGCUGGUGGAUGCGUUGAUCUAUUUGACGAUCGCGUUGUAUGUGGAGCAGGUUAUGCCGGGGGAGUUUGGUGUCGCGAAACCGUGGAACUUCCUGUUCAAAAGGGAGUAUUGGGGUAGAACGGUGGUAUACGGGGAUGGCUUGGAGAAAAGUGGGGCUCGUAGACAAGAUCAGAAGUACUUUGAGGUUGAACCUGAAUCGAUUCACGCUGGGAUACAAAUUAGGAAUCUGCGAAAAGUGUUCGGCGACAAUAAGGUUGCCGUUCAAGGUCUGGAUCUCAAUAUGUACGAGGAUCAAAUAACGGUGCUGCUUGGACACAACGGGGCCGGUAAGACUACCACGAUGUCCAUGCUAACUGGGAUGUUUUCGCCAACUUCUGGGACGGCGUAUCUGAACGGGUGUGACAUACGCACAAACAUUGAGGGAGUGCGCCAGUCGUUGGGUUUGUGUCCUCAGCACAAUGUGUUGUUCAACGAGAUGACCGUCUCCGAGCACAUGAGGUUCUUCGCCAGGUUGAAAGGUGUUCCGAAAAGCGGCAUUGCCAGUGAAAUUGAGAGCUAUCUUCAGAUGUUAGAACUUGUGGAUAAGCGGAAUGCUCAGUCGCAUACACUUUCGGGUGGCAUGAAGCGAAAAUUGGCCGUUGGAAUGGCUCUCUGCGGUGGUUCGAAGGUGGUUCUGCUGGACGAACCAACAUCCGGUAUGGAUCCUUCGGCAAGAAGAGCUUUAUGGGAUUUGCUGCAGAAGGAAAAGAAGAAUCGCACUAUAUUGUUGUCGACGCACUUCAUGGAUGAAGCAGAUGUUCUAGGGGAUCGCAUUGCGAUUAUGGCUGAAGGCGUACUCAAGACGGUUGGGUCACCGUUUUUCUUGAAGAAAACUUUUGGGGUUGGCUAUCGGUUGAUUUGUGUGAAAGGGCCGAAUUGCGAUAAAGAUUUAUUGUGUGACAUCCUCAGAAGGUACAUACCGGAUGCUUCAAUCGAAACAGAUAUCGGCUCAGAGCUGUCAUUCGUGCUGAAGGAGGACUACAUCAAGUUGUUCCAGAGGGUGUUGGAAGAGCUUGAGAGCCAAAUGGAUCGCUGUGGAAUUACUAGUUAUGGAAUUUCAUUGACCACUAUGGAGGAAGUUUUUCUUAAAGCCGGUAGUGACACAUUGCACGGAGAAGCCACUACAAAUGGAACAACCGUGGAAACGAAUGACCGGAGUCAUCUACUGAACAGCAAGGAUCUUUUGACGGGACGCGAGCUCAUGAUGAACCAGCUUAAAGCCCAAUUUCUGAAAAAAAUGUUAUCGACUGCUCGGUCGUGGGUUCAGUUGAUUGUUCAAAACGUUAUUCCAAUAUUUUUCGUUGUAAUGACAUUCGUCAUCACACGCGGCAUCGGGUUGAGCGACGACUUGCCUCCGUUGAAGAUGACGAUAGAAUCUUACAGAAAAUCCAUUACCGUCCUUGAAGGAACGAACGCAGGAGCACAGGCCUACCAAAGGUUGUUCGAGAAUGUCGGUAACGGCAACCGAUUGGAUGUAAUCACCUCUCCAAUGAACCAGUACAUCUUGGAUCGAUCCCUAAACUCAAUCUCGGAGGUAAACAUCCGCUACAUGGUGGGCGCAACCUUCUCCGACGACAGUUACACAGCUUGGUUCAACAACAAAGGAUAUCACACGGCACCUCUUUCGCUUUCACUGAUCUACAAUGCGAUCGCGUCUACGGAAUGUACAUCCUGCAGAAUUUCGGUGAUCAAUAAACCACUGCCGUUCCAGAUCGACACCAAGUUUGAAACGAUGAACACCGGUCUAAAUGCAGGCUUCCAGCUGGCCUUCAACAGUGGCUUCGCGAUGGCUUUCGUGGCGGCUCUCUACAUACUGUUCUACAUCCGAGAGCGCACUUCUCGCGCUAAGUUACUGCAAUACGUCAGUGGAACCAACAUUGCACUGUUCUGGGGUGUUGCCUUCGUUUGGGAUUAUCUCAUGUUCAUGGUGACUUGUUUAGUUUAUAUCGCAACGCUGGCCGCUUUCCAGGAGGAUGGAUGGUCAACCUUUACCGAACUCGGUAAAGCGUUCGUAUUGUUGAUGAUGUUCGGCAUAGCGUUCCUACCGACCACCUAUCUGUUUUCAUUUCUUUUCAAGGCUCCUGCAUCCGGAUUUGUGAUUGUUAUGCUAAUAAACAUCGCUUCCGGAUCAAUCUUCUUCACCGUCGUAAUGCUUCUGCAGUUCCCAGGAAUUGAUCUGAAACAUAUCGGGGAUGCACUGGAAUGGGUCUUUCUGUUCUUCCCAAACUUUGUACUGACCCAUGGGUUGAACAACAUGAACCAAAUAGCCAGCACCAACGCCAAUUGCAGAACAGCGUGUGAGCAAACGCCGGGCUGCAUGAUGGACAACGUUUGCGGAACUUUGAAGAGGUGUUGUGUACCCGAUAUAUUCUCCUUCGAUCAGCUGGGCAUAAAUCGGCAUCUGCUGUACUUGGCGUUCGUUGGCGUUACCUCAUUUACCCUAAUUCUAUGCAUUGAAUACAGACUUCUCCGGAGGUUGUUUGAGAAGUUUAGUAAACUCAGAAAGCAACCCUGGUCAUCGCCCUCCACCGAGGAGGACUCGGAUAUUGUGGCAGAGCGAACACGGGUCCAAAAGAUGCCACAAACCGAAAUCAACGACUAUAACCUGGUAAUGCGGGACCUCACCAAGUACUACAAAUCGUUACUGGCGGUUAAUAAGCUGAGCGUGGCAAUCGACCGUUCGGAAUGUUUCGGUUUGCUCGGUAUUAACGGUGCAGGCAAGACGACGACCUUCAAGAUGAUGACCGGGGAUGAAAGUUUCUCUUCCGGCGAGGCAUGGGUCAAGGGAAUCAGCUUGAGUACGAGUAUGAAUACGGUUUAUCGACAGAUAGGCUAUUGUCCGCAGUUUGACGCGCUGCUUGAUAACCUCACCGGAAGGGAAACUUUGAAGAUCUACGCGCUACUGCGAGGUAUUCGUGAGGCUGAUAUUGGCAACGUUUCGCUGACGCUGGCAGAGGAGCUAAACUUCCUGAAGCAUAUCGACAAGAAGACUAAGGAGUACAGUGGCGGAAACAAGCGGAAGCUCAGCACGGCGCUGGCGUUGAUGGGUAAUCCCUCAGUGGUGUAUCUGGACGAACCGACUACCGGCAUGGAUCCGGGAGCGAAGCGGCAGUUCUGGGAUAUGAUCUGCAAGGUACGAAGUGCGGGUAAAUCGAUUGUGCUAACUUCGCACAGUAUGGAGGAGUGCGAAGCGCUGUGCACCCGGUUGGCUAUCAUGGUGAACGGGGAGUUCAAAUGUCUUGGCUCUACGCAGCAUUUGAAGAAUAAAUUCUCCAAAGGUUUUCUGCUGACGAUCAAGGUUAAGAAAGCGGAAAAUGUGGGGGCUCCGCAGCAACAGCAUGUGGAGAAUGUAAAGUUCUUCGUUACGAGUCAAUUCUCCGGGGCGAUAUUGAAGGAGGAGUAUGAGGAUUCGUUGAGCUAUCACGUACCACAGACAGAUCUCAAAUGGUCGGCAAUGUUCGGAUUGAUGGAAUCCAAUAAAGACCGGCUGGGCAUUGGGGAUUACGCCCUGGGACAAACUACUCUGGAGCAAGUGUUUUUGUUCUUCACCAAAUAUCAGAGGAUCGUUUAAAGAGUCGAGUUGUAUAGUCUUAUUUAUUGAAUUGUGUUCAUCACGUUGAGUACACUAGGAAUAUUAUUAAACCAUUGAAACAACCCUGAGUUAGGAUGAUUGUGAUGAUUGAAUUACGCGCUGUUGAACAAAACAAAUUCUAUCUCUCAAAAGAAUGUAUCAGUUACAUCUGAAAAAACAACUGAAAAUGUAGUACUAAUAAAAUGUUGAGUUAA